AUGCGACUUCUCGCCGUUUUCUUGGUGCUUUUCGUGCUCUUCCAAAUGGCCGAAAGCAGAAUCCCAGCCGGAUGCACCGUAAUGCAGUGCAAGUCCUCGAAGGGACCGUCCGAGUGUCCGGCCGGAUACCUCCACUUCAAACACAAACGGUGCGGAGCAUUCUUCCUCAAGAAGCAAGAGGUCUGCUGUCCGUCUGCUCCGAACUCUGCGCCGGCCGGUCAACCAGGAUCCUACCCGGAACAGGCCCCAGUCGACUAUCAGGGAUAA